ACAUCCCAAAUCAACUGUCGCCGACCACUUUUGAAAGGGCAAAACGACGACCAUGGCCGAGGUAGCAAAGACUCUAGCUCGCCAAUUGCCCAGCUUCAAGCUGGGCCAGAAGCAGGUUUUUCUGCCAAACCAUGUAAUCACCUUUCUUCGAAAAGAUCACCUCCCACCAAACGAGGCCACUUUCCAGGUACCUCUACGAUUCACAAAGUUCGAUCUCCGAGACUACCUCUGGAACCUAUACAAUGUCGAGGUCACAAAGGUCCGAUCAUACGUCAAGCAGCAACCUCUAACCCAGCGCAACUCCCACUCGCGCUCGUGGUACCGCCCCAAACCCCUCAAGGUUAUGACUGUCGAAUUGGCAAAGCCCUUCCAAUGGCCCGAACUUCCCGAGGACAAAACACCCUGGAGCAACCAAUUGUUCCAGAUGCGCGAGGAUAUGUUGGAGAAGCGAAACCAGGAGCAUAUUGCGCAACAGCGAUUCGAGAUUCCUCUCAAGAGCAAACAGCUCCCGUCGAAGGAGAGACAAGAGUUAGCCAAGUUGGCACAAAAGCUGUUAUCGGGAGAGGAGAAGUGGACCAACGAUGUUAUUCUGGAUCCUAAAUGGGAGAAGAUACUGGGCAAGGAGGAAGCAGAGGUUAAGAAGGACGCAAACGAAGCUUAAACGACUACGAAAGGCGAAUUACGACUUGAAACUGCAGGACACUGCUAAUGAAAGAGGCGGCAAUUCUAUGAGGAGCCACAGAUGAUGGACCUCUGUAGGAUGGCGGGCAUCACAACUGUACAUUAUUGUAACUAGUCUUGGAUGGGCAAUGCAUGAAGGCGGGUUAAAGACUAUGAGCGCAAAUAUAGACGCUGAAAACUCGUAUAUUGUUUGUUUCAUUGUUCCAUGUCGUGCCAGUGCUCGGGCUGCUGGAAGCGCAAGAGUUCGUCCCCCCAAGCCCACCACCCAGCAGUCAAGUUACGAGCAAAAAUCUCGAGGCCAAGGCAUUCUUUGCCAAGGACAUCUUGAAAAAUACCGCGAAGAUUGGGCUUUCGUGAGUGGACAUCAGGGACCGCCACGAUGACUUUGGACUCAAGAGCAUCUGGCUUCUUGCUGCCGAAGCGCUUCGCUAUGAUGAGCUUUUCCCAUGGCUUUCUCCAUGUUGACUCAACGUCGUAGAGCGGUUCACCUGACGCAGCAACCUUGAGCCACGUCCAUUCAGUCACAACCUCGAGACCCCAGGCAGCAAAUAGCCCUGCUGAGGAAGUCAAAAAGUCGUGGAUGCUGUGUUUAUUAGUGACCCAGACGGCAACGAGUCCAUCUGGUGUAAGGUGAGAAGCUAGAGGAAUUUGUAGCAAGAGAUUGCGCAUCUCCUUGAGAUUUGGUACAGUAGCAUACUUGUCUGUCUUUCUCCUGGCAGAUCGGUUUGGCCAAGGAGGAUCUAAUACGACAAGAUCAAACUUGGGGGCUGACAUGUGAAAAGAAUCACGCAUAGCCUCAAUAGAGCCAUUCAGAAAUUCGGCUUUGUCUGGUAUCAAGGGCGGCAGAGCGGAUACUGACGGUGGUUGUUGUGGCUGAACAAACCGGUCCCGAUGGAAAGGUCCAGAAUAUGAGUAUGUGCUGGCAAGGUCCUGUAAGGCGCUGCUGACCGUUUCAGUGGUCAUGAGCUCAGCCAACUGCGCGCCAGGAGACGCAGUCGCAAAUGCCGAGUGAUCGCCUCCUCCAUGCCGGGGCUCCGGGGUCGGAUACGGAGUUGCGGGGGGCUCUGCGGAGACGAUGCGGCGGCGGGGGAUCUGAGACGGGAGAACCUGGCUCUCUUCUAGAGACGUGGGGAUGUCUAGAACAACGAGGCUCUUGUCUGGACUCUCAAAGAGAACAGAUGAGAUUCUGUGGCUGUUGGCCUCCAUAGCUGACUCGGAUGACUAUUCUUCCACCUGGGACUGGCUUUGCUUAACCCGCGGUUGAAAUAAUAAAUUCGC